AUCUCCCACAUCACAGAGGAAGUGGAGGCUGGGUGUCACGUCCAGCUGGGGUUCAGCUGACAGGAAGGGAGCCAGUCUCCUCCCUGGGCAGAGACAGUGCUGAUGGCUCAGAACCCAGCUCUCAGCCCCAGACGGAUCAGUUCACUCAGCAUGGAGCUAACUCUCCUGCUGCCGCUGCUGGUCGCUCUCCAGAUUCUCCCCAGGCCAGUGCUCCCUGCAGGUGCCCUUGCGGCCCCAUCCCUGUCCCUGAACCCCCAGAAGCAGGAGUACUUCCCCGGAGACACUGUUGAAAUCAAGUGCUCUGCUCCUCCUUCGGUGGAUAGAGUUGAAGGAUUCCAGUACUACAGCAAUAUCGGAAGGGCCAUCUCAGUCCCAGCUUCAUCCAGGAGAAGCCAUACUUACAACAUAAACCUCACAGGGCCUAAGGAUGGGGGGUCGUACCAGUGCGACUACUGGAUAGGUCAAGCCGGUUCUUGGAACAGGUCCAGCAGGAGUGACGCUGUCCUCAUCAGAGUAAAAGACUUCCCUCCCUGGCCGGCGUUGAGUGUGGAUCCUCCGUCCGGAGUGGUGAGCGAAGGGCUCCCCCUGCUCAUCAUCUGCACGGCCCCCAGCAAUGCUAGUGAGCGAAGGUUUCACUUCUACAAGGAAGGAGCUGAGCUCAUCCCUGGGGACGUGGGGUCUGAGGUCAGCACCACAGAGACCAGGACCGGAUCUAUGAUGCUCAGCAUCCCGCGAGCUGGUCCCUACAGCGCCGGGGAAUUCACCUGUGCGUACGAGGAGAACAUGAGCGGGAGGUGGAUUCUGUCCCUAAGGAGCUUGGCUGUGAAUGUUACCAUGACAGCACACAGCCAUUCCUGGGUCCGGGAGCUCGCUGUGGGUGGGUCCUUCUUCACCAUUAAUAGCCUCAUCUUCCUCAUCUCCCACCUCUGCACGAAGGGCAAAGGUUCCAAGGAGGAGCACACAAUCGGCUCAGACCCGUUUCAAUCAGAUUAUUACUCAGUCCCGGUUCAGGUGGUCACUGGUCAGUCUGGUCAUUCUGCGACCGCCAAGGCAAACCACGUCUCCAGCCCCAUGCUCCAGUCCCGUGGGAAUAACGAGUACCAGGAAGAGAUGUGAAGGCUCAGAUACUGACUGUGAAUAUUCCUCCCCUGCUCACAGAUGGCUGGCCAGUUCCGCAGCUCAAUUGGGUUUAAGGGAGAAUGUUCUGCUCCUGAAAUAUUACAGACAAACCAAGAUGUUACUGUGUGUCACUUUCUCUGCUACAAAGCUGGGAGAAGCCAGAUGGGUGUAUUCUGAAGAAAGAAAGAAAGAAAGAAAGAUUCUAUUCUCAUUUCUCCUCAGAUCUUCCUACUCUAUGUAUAUUCAAGAUUAUAUG